AUGGAAGAAUUUAAAUUUGGAACCAAAUCUGCCUUUCCUCAUCGAUUGAAUCUUUUUUAUCUGGCCAAUGAUGUCAUACAGAAUUGCAAAAGAAAAAAUGCCAUCGUAUUCCGGGAUACUUUUGCAGAAGUGCUUCCUGAAGCAGCUUCGUUAGUGAAGGAUCCAUCAGUUUCUAAAUCUAUAGAAAGAAUCUUUAAAAUCUGGGAAGACAGGAAUGUAUACCCAGAGGAAACCAUUUUGGCACUAAAAGAAGCUCUAAGUACCACUUUCAAAUCUCAGAAGCAGCUGAAAGAAACUCUGAACAAACAACCGAAUAAGCCGUGGAAGAAAUCUCAAACAUCUACAAACCCGAAAGCUGCUCUGAAGUCCAAGAUUGUUGCUGAAUUCAGACCACAGUCUCUCAUUGAUGAAUUGCUGUUAUAUAAGCGCUCAGAAGACCAGAUAGAACUGAAAGAGAAGCAGCUUUCCACUAUGAGAGUGGACGUGUGCAGCACUGAAACACUUAAAUGCUUAAAAGACAAAACAGGAGGGAAGAAGUUCUCCAAGGAGUUUGAAGAAGCAAGUUCAAAGCUGGAAGAAUUUGUAAAUGGUUUAGACAAGCAAGUGAAAAAUGGUCCCUCGCUGACUGAAGCUCUGGAGAACGCCGGUAUAUUCUAUGAAGCACAGUAUAAGGAAGUCAAGGUGGUGGCAAAUGCUUAUAAAACGUUUGCCAAUAGAGUGAGCAAUCUAAAGAAAAAGCUGGAUCAAUUAAAAGCAACACUUCCCGAUCCCGAAGAGUCUCCGGUCCCUUCUCCAAGUAUGGAUGCCCCGUCUCCAACAGGCUCCGAGUCCCCUUUUCAGGGAAUGGGUGAGGAAGAAAGCUCACGGUCUCCGGUUGGAGGAAGCCGCAAGACGAUAUCUCCAGAGCCUGUGACAGAUAACCGGGAUGUGGAGGACAUGGAACUCUCAGAUGUGGAAGAUGAUACGUCUAAAAUUAUUGUGGAAGAGAGGAAGGAGAAACAGGCUGCUCCAGCCUCAGCUCCUGCAAAGCCGGAAAGUGCCCCCAAAGCGGCGCCCGCGGCUGCUGCGAUCGGUACAACCUCUGUGACGGUGACCACCCCUGCCCAGACUCCUGUGACUCCUCCAACACCGAAGGCAGUGAACACGGCGCCUGUUCUGCCGGCACCGGCGCUCGCUUUGCCAAACCUUGCCAACGUCGACCUGGCAAAGAUCAGCUCCAUUCUUAGUAGUUUAACUUCUGUAAUGAAAAAUACAGGUGUCAGUCCCGCAUCGAGACCGUCCCCGGGAACGCCGACCAGCCCAACAGCUCUUACUGGUGGCUUGAAGACUCCUGCUAUGGGGACUCCGUCUGCUCCUUCAAAUCCUUUGGCAAAUAUUCUCUCCAAGGUGGAAAUAACUCCCGAAAGCAUCUUGUCUGCUCUCUCCAAAACGCAGACACAGACUGCGCCAGCAUUGCAAGGUUUGUCAUCCUUACUUCAGAGUGUUGCUGGAAACACAGUUCAGUCGAGUGAAACUGCAUCUCAGAGCACUUCAGCAUCACCAGCCAACACAACUGUCCCUUGUGUGAAGGGGAGGAAUAUUCCUUCCAAUACUCAGCCCUUUGUAUCUAAAAAUUUUGGUUAUUCUCCAAACUCAUCUACUGCUGAGGUUUCCUCAACUUCAGUUAAUAAGGCUCCCAUCGGACAUGCCCCAGGGCUUUCAAGUUCUAGUUUUAAGCCACCGACAAAUUCCCUGGGUUUUUCCAGUUCCCAUCCUACUAGUCCUUCUUCCCUUCUGCCAACAGAGACUUCAAUGACUCAAUCCUCUGAAAUUUCAAAGGCAAAGCUGGAAUCAGAGCCUCCUUCUCCAAGCUUGGAAAUGAAGAUACACAAUUUCUUGAAGGGAAACCCUGGCUUCAGUGGUCUAAACUUGAAUAUUCCGAUUCUGAGCAGCUUAGGGUCCAACAUUGCAACGGAAAGUCACUCGUCUGACUUCCAGCGUGGUCCUACUAGCACUUCCAUGGACAAUGUGGAUGGAACGCCGGUCCGCGAUGAGCGGAGUGGGACGCCCACCCAGGAUGAGAUGAUGGAUAAGCCAACGUCGAGUAAUGUUGACACUAUCUCCUUGCUGUCCAAAAUCAUGAGCCCUGGCUCGUCUACGCCCAGCAGCACCAGAUCCCCCCUUCAGAGCCGAGACGAUGGCUAUUCCCAAGAACUUUCCAAUUCUGUUCACAGCUACCGCCCUUUCAGCCUGGGCAGAGAUUCUCCAGCCAGCAGGUACAAGCAAUCCGCAGACAGCAUGGAAAUGCCCUCCUCCUUAAUGGACUCCUCCCAGGAGAAGUUUUAUCCAGACACAUCCUUCCAGGAGGACGAGGAUUACCGUGACUUCGAUUACUCUGGGCCGCCACCGUCUGCCAUGUUGAACCUGGAGAAGAAGCCUGCGAAGUCCAUUUUGAAAUCGAGUAAACUCCCCGAAGCUGCCGAGUACCAGCCCGUCCUGCCCAGCUAUAGCCAACGACCGCAGGAGUUCGGCGUGAAGUCGCCUUUUCCUCAGGCCAUGAGGUCUAUCCUCGAGCAGAGCGAGAGCUGCGACCCGCUGUCGUCCUCUCCAGCGAUGUACGGGGGUUACGGCCUCAGGGGCAGCGACUCCACGGCUGACGGCUCCCCCUCGCCGAGCAAGAAUGAGGUUUUUUUCGCGCCGGACUCCAACCACAAUAACCUGUCCAAAUCCGUGGUGCACUCGGGCUUGUCCCAGAAGCAAUACCCAGACUCGCCGCACUCGCUGUCCCACAGGUCGCUUUUCUCUCCUCCAGCCGCGCUGUCCAACGCCGCGGGCCGGGCGCCCGCGCCCAGCGCGGAGAAGCCGCUGGGCUCCUCCGUUUCCGCCACGUCAACCAUGGAGUUCAAGAACAUGCUCAAGAACGCGUCGCGCAAGCCCUCUGAGGAGAAGCACGCGAGCCAGCUCCCCAAGGGCGGCGAGGGCCUGGGCAAGGGCGAGCAGCAGGAGGAGCGCUACCGCAUCGAGACGCGCGUCUCCUCGUCCUGCCUCGAGCUGCCCGACAGCACCGAGGAGAAGGGGGCGCCCAUCGAAACGCUGGGCUACCACAACGCGGCCAGCCGCGGCAUGCCCGGCGAGCCCAUCCAGACGGUGGAGUCGGUGCGCGCGCCGGGCAAGGGCAGCCGCGGGCAGGGCCGCGAUGCCAGCCGGGCCGCCUGGUUCGACGUGGGCGCCGCCGCGGGUGCCUUCGCCAACACGUUGGCCUAA